AUGGUUGUUAUGACGGAAGCGUUUUUACAAAAUAUAGAAAGAAAAGCCCUUAACACAGCAAUUAUUCAUACAUCCGAACCAAAAACUUACAAGAGAUAUGUAGAUGAUUGUCAUGCUUGCUUUGCUUCAAUAAAACAACAAAAAAUGUUCCUGAACAUCCUUAAUGAACAACAUCCUGCCAUAAAAUACACAGUGGAACUUGAAAACAACCUCAAACAACUCAAUUUCCUAGAUAUUAACAUUACAAACACAGGCUCUGGAACUUAUGAAUUUCAAAUACAUAGAAAAGAAGCUAUUACAAAUGUUCAACUUAAACCAAACUCGAACAAUAAUCCUAACAUUGUUAUUGGCGUUUUCAAAGGAUUUUUAUGUUGUGCUAAAAGAAUAUGCUCUCAAAAACACCUUCAAAAAGAAAUCGAUUUUCUAAUAGACAUCUUUGUUGAAAAUGGCCACGACAAGAACAUUCUAAAUAAUAUUACUAUAGACUAUUUAAAAAACGGUUCAAAAACUACCUUGGAUACCAAUUGUUGGUCCAAAACUUCGUAA